AUGUCAAGGCAAAAAUUCAAGACAAGGAAAGUAUCACCAUACCAACAAAGGCUGAUCUUCGUCGGGAAGCAGCUGGAAGAUGGUUGGACUUUGGCUGAUUACAACAUUCAGAAGGAAUCCACUCUCCACCUAGUGCUCAAGCUUUAUGGAGGAAUGCAAGACCUUGACUGGAAAGACCAUUACUUUGAUAAGCAAAGGCUUAUCUAUGCUGGGAAGCAAUUGGAGAAUGGAAUUGUGGAGGAAUGCAAGACCUUGACUCGAAAGACCAUUACUUUGGUAGUGGAGAGUAAUGACACAAUCGAUAAUGUGAAGGCGAAGAUUCAGGAUAAGAGGGUAUUCGUCAAAGAUAAACAAAGGCUUAUCUAUGCUGGGAAGCAAUUGGAGGAUGAAAAGACUCUUGCUGAUUAUAACAUCCAAAAAGAGUCGUCCCUUCACCUUGUCCUGUAUCUAUAUGGUGGAUUCUGA